UCCGAGGGGUUAUUAUUAGAAAUAAGUGCUCUCUUAGAGAACGACAUUGGCAAAUUUGCCUUAAAAAUGACAGAGGAAAACAUAAACGCUGUUGGACCAAGUGUAACAGAAGAGGACAUUAGAUUGCUGAUGAAAAGAAAGGAUGAAAUUGAAGAACAAAUCAAGGCAUAUUACGACAUGCUCCAAGAUCAGGGUGAUGUAGGAUUACAUGCUCCUCUGGUUGAUGUUGAGGGCUUUCCUCGAGCUGAUGUGGAUUUGUAUGCGGUCCGGACAGCAAGGCAAAGUAUCUGUUGUUUACAGAAUGACCAUAAAGCUCUCAUGAUGGAGAUAGAAAAGGCACUUCAUACACUGCAUGCCAAUGCAAAGCUUGGGCACGAGAGGGACGAUGCAAAGACAAAAGCUACUAAGCAGGUGGCAUCCAUGUCAUCCCCAUUUGCCACUGUCAACACUGUAACUCAGGGCUCCCCUGCUUUUCAAGCGGGUUUACGAGUUGGUGAUGAGGUUAUAGAGUUUGGCUCUGUAAAUACACAAAACUUCAGCAAUCUGCAUGACAUUGCUUCUGUUGUCCAACACAGUGAAGGGAAAAUCCUACGUGUUGGAGUAAUUCGGAAUGGACAAGAAACACAUCUUCUUGUGACUCCUCAGAAGUGGACUGGAAGAGGAUUACUGGGGUAUUUUUCUACAGACAUAUACCUGAAUAAACAAAGAAAGGCAUUUGCAUAAAUACCAUUAUUUUUGGCCCUUU